CCUUACAUGGUUAGGGAAAAGAAAGUGGACAGCAGUUGCUCCCAAGAAGGUGCCAAGCCUUUGCUGCACCUAGCAACUGGUUCCAACGUGUCGCUUCCCAAGCCGAGGUCGGGGGACAUAGCUCGCAAACGGUGGCUUCUACUGAGAGAGAUAUUGCGAAGCGGUUUCGGUAGAGGGUACGGUUUCGGUUUCGGUUUCGGUUUUGAGAGUGGUGGUCAACUUACGGAGGAGCAAACGGCCUCGGUGCGAAGGUUCAAGACCUUUAAUUUGUUGCGUCAGGUUUGCUUUGAGGACCAUUGGAAGUUGAAAUCUCUGGGAAAUAUCAACAAUUGGUGUACGUUUGUGAUGCAACUGAACAAUAGUGUCGAAUAUUCAGUGAAUAUUCACCAUUUGGAACGCCAGCUGACAGCCAACGAUCUCGUUGGCUUCAACAACACCGGAAACAUAUGCGUGUGGCCUGCAGAGGAGGCUUUGGCGGCUCUUGUGUUGUCCGAUUUAGGAACCUAUCGCAGCAAAUGGAUUAUGGAAUUGGGCGGUGGCUACACCUCACUCGCAGGUCUCAUGCUGGCCAAAUAUGCCGAGCCUUUUGCCGUGCACCUGACUGACGGUAAUGAGUUGUCUGUGGAGGAUCUGAAGAGGACUGUCCGCCUCAACGAGCUGAGCUGCUACAUCAAAUGCUCGGUCCUGAAGUGGCAGGACGUGGCAGCUCGUUCACCCCCCGAGCAGGCCAAAAUUGAAUAUAUACUCUGCGCCGAUUGCUUGUUCUUCGAUGAGGCCCGUUCCGCGCUGAUCGACACAAUUUGGUACUAUUUGGCACCCUCUGGGGAGGCCUUGGUAAUGGCGCCACGGCGCGGAAGGACAUUCGAUGCGUUUCGGGAGAAGUGCCUGGCGCGGGGAUUCAAUGUGGAGAUGGUUACGCGCUACCAUGAGACCAUUUGGCGGCGCCACAAGCAGCUCAAGGCGAACUCUGCUCUCUACGACGAAGAUCUACAUUAUCCUUUGCUCUUGCGCUUGUCCAAGAAAACUAGCUAGAUUUAAUUCAAAUUUAGUUCGAUCCAGGAAACUCUAGUUCACACAGCAGACUUUUUUACUGCAAUACCGAAGAGAUCACUUCAAAUAAUACACAUAAAUCUUUCGAUUUCCAUUCAGAAACAUAUAUUGAUUGCUAAGAAAUUAACCUAAAGACUGAAUAAUUCGUACAGAUUUCAA